ACGUGUCCAUCUUCUUCUAGCGGAUCUCCUCUCCCCAAUUCUUCCAUUGUUUCUCAACAACUUAACAGCAGAGCCAGAAUCAAAACGACGACCACCACCACUAAAACGACAACCAACGAAGCGUCGUCGUUUUCGUCUCCUUCUUCUUCGUCUCCAACCAACCAUAUCCACACCCUCGCCCAUUGCCAUUACUUUUUUCUUGAAUCUCAAGUUUGGGUUUUGGUUCCGCCAUUUUCAAACUUUGUUUGGUUCUAUAUAAAAAAAAUAGUUGCAGAGCGUUCAAGACCGGUUUCAGCUUCGCCAUUGUUGCAGCUACGUUCACAUUGACAUUGACAUUUCUCUCAUGUGGCGACUCUUUACGUAAUAUGUGUAUAUGUAUGACUGGAGCUGCAUUGCAUUGAAGUUAUCUUAAACUCUAACUUGAUAUAAGGUUUGAGCAAUUAGGAGAAAGAUUGGAUCUUUUGAUUGAGGGAAACCCUAUGAUUUCGUUCCUUCGCUAACGGAAUCUAGGGUUGAGCAGCUUAGGCCCCCCACGAUCUGAAUCUAUUAAAGACAUUAUUAUUGAGCAAUGGCUGCUCAGGUCAAUUUUGCAGUUGGAUCUCAUGUCUGGUCAGAGGAUCCUGAGGUAGCUUGGAUUGAUGGAGAAGUUGUGGAAGUUAAUGAAGAAGGGAUUAAAAUAAAUGCUACUUCAGGAAAAACUAUUGUUGCAAAAGCAUCCAAUGUCUUUCCAAAGGAUCCAGAAUUCCCUCCAUGCGGUGUAGAUGAUAUGACGAGGCUGGCUUACCUGCAUGAACCAGGGGUUCUUUAUAAUUUAAAAUGUCGAUAUGACAUGAAUGAAAUAUAUACCUACACAGGGAAUAUAUUGAUAGCGGUUAACCCUUUUCGAAGACUACCUCAUUUGUAUGAUAAUCACAUGAUGGAACAGUACAAAAGGGCUGCUUUCGGUGAGCUAAGCCCACAUCCUUUUGCCAUUGCAGAUUAUGCAUACAGAUUGAUGAUUAAUGAGGGAAUCAGCCAGUCAAUUUUGGUUAGUGGAGAAAGUGGAGCUGGUAAAACAGAGAGUACAAAGAUGCUUAUGCGUUAUCUUGCUUAUAUGGGUGGAAGAGCUGCAACUGAUGGGCGUUCUGUGGAGCAGCAAGUGCUGGAGUCUAAUCCUGUUCUUGAAGCAUUUGGUAACGCGAAGACUGUUAGGAACAAUAAUUCAAGUCGUUUUGGAAAGUUUGUGGAGCUUCAGUUUGACAACAGGGGAAGAAUAUCAGGAGCUGCUAUUAGAACUUAUUUAUUGGAACGAUCUCGUGUUUGUCAAGUGUCUGAUCCUGAGAGAAAUUACCAUUGCUUUUACAUGCUUUGUGCUGCACCACCAGAGGAUGUUGAGAAGUACAAGUUAGGGAACCCGAGAACAUUUCAUUAUCUAAAUCAAUCACAUUGCUAUGAACUGGAUGGAGUGGACGAUUCCAAGGAGUACCUUGCAACUAGGAAAGCUAUGGAUAUUGUUGGGAUUGGGUCUCAUGAUCAGGAUGCAAUAUUCCGAGUUGUGGCUGCAAUACUCCACUUAGGGAACAUCGAAUUUUCAAAGGGGACAGAAUCAGAUUCCUCUGAACCCAAGGAUGAGAAAUCACGGUUCCAUCUCAAAACAGCAGCUGAGCUUUUCAUGUGCAAUGAGAAGUCUCUUGAGGACUCUUUAUGCAAACGUGUGAUUGUGACCCGUGAUGAGACCAUAACAAAGUGUUUGGAUCCAAAUUCUGCAGCUCUCAGUAGAGAUGCUCUGGCUAAAAUUGUUUAUUCAAGAUUGUUUGAUUGGCUUGUGAACAAGAUCAAUAACUCUAUUGGUCAAGAUCCUGAUUCGAAGAACUUGAUUGGGGUUCUAGAUAUUUAUGGAUUUGAGAGUUUCAAGACAAACAGUUUUGAGCAAUUCUGUAUCAAUUUGACAAAUGAAAAACUACAGCAACAUUUUAAUCAGCAUGUUUUCAAGAUGGAGCAAGAAGAAUAUACGAAAGAAGAAAUUGACUGGAGUUAUAUAGAGUUUAUAGACAAUCAAGAUGUUCUUGAUCUCAUUGAAAAGAAACCUGGAGGAAUCAUUGCUCUUCUGGAUGAGGCGUGUAUGUUUCCAAGAUCAACAAAUGAGACUUUUGCGCAGAAGCUGUAUCAAACCUAUAAAGACCACAAACGAUUUAGCAAGCCGAAAUUAGCACGCAGUGACUUCACAAUUUGUCAUUAUGCUGGAGAAGUUACAUAUCAAACGGAGCUCUUCUUGGAUAAGAACAAAGAUUAUGUUGUUGCUGAACAUCAAGAACUUUUGGGUGCUUCCAAUUGUUCUUUUGUUUCAGGCUUGUUCCCUCCUUUACCAGAAGAAUCUUCCAAAUCAUCAAAAUUCUCUUCAAUAGGUUCUCGCUUUAAGCAACAACUACAAUCUUUGCUUGAAACAUUGAGUGUCACUGAGCCACACUACAUAAGAUGUGUAAAGCCCAAUAAUCUUCUAAAGCCGUCUAUAUUUGAGAAUAACAAUAUUUUGCAGCAGCUUCGUUGUGGGGGAGUUAUGGAGGCCAUCAGGAUUAGUUGUGCUGGAUAUCCUACAAGAAAGCCAUUUCGUGAAUUUGUAGGUCGUUUUGGCAUCUUGGCACCUAAUGUCUUUGCUGGGAGCUGCGAUGAAGUAACUGCUUGUAAGCGCCUUCUAGAGAAGGUGAAUCUCAAGGGUUAUCAGAUUGGUAAAACCAAAGUGUUUCUCAGAGCUGGCCAGAUGGCAGAAUUGGAUGCUUGUCGAAGUGAGGUCUUAGGAAGAUCAGCAAGUGUCAUACAGAGGAAAGUUCGAUCUUAUCUUGCUCAGAAAAGCUUUAUCUUGUUACGGGUUUCUUCCAUUCAGAUUCAAGCCUUUUGUAGAGGACAAGUUGCACGCUAUCAGUAUGAAUGCAAGAGAAGGGAGGCUGCUUCUGUUAAAAUCCAGACACAUUAUCGCAUGUGUCUUUCUAAAAAUGCAUACCAAAAGUUGUACUCUUCAGCUGUUUUAAUUCAAACAUGUAUACGUGGGAUGGCUGCUCGUAGUGACCUUAAGUUCCGGAAGCAGACAAGGGCUGCUAUUAUUAUCCAGAGUCAAUGCCGGAAAUACUUAAAUCGCUGCCGUUAUUUGAGGAUAAAGAAAGCAGCAGUGACCACACAAUGUGCUUGGAGAGGAAAAGUUGCACGCAGAGAAUUACGAAAGCUCAAAAUGGCUGCUAAGGAAACUGGUGCCCUUCAGGCUGCCAAAAAUAAGCUGGAAAAGCAAGUUGAAGAAUUGACCUGGCGUCUGCAGCUAGAGAAACGAAUGAGGGCUGACAUUGAGGAAGCUAAAACACAGGAAAAUGCAAAACUGCAUUCUGCUUUGCAAGAGAUGCAACUCCAGUUUAAAGAAACAACAGAACUUCUUUGUAAGGAACGUGAGGCUUUAAAGUUAGCAGCUGAACAGGCUCCAGUCAUCCAAGAGGUUCCAGUCAUCCAGGAGGUUCCAGUUAUUGAUAAUGAAUUGAUGAAUAAGCUUGCUGCUGAAAAUGAGCAGCUCAAGGCUAUGGUGAAUUCUCUGGAAAAGAAAAUUGAUGAAACAGAGAAAAAAUUUGAAGAAUCUAGCAAGCUUAGUGAAGAGCGGUUAAAGCAGGCUUUGGAUGCAGAGUCAAAGAUAAUUGCAUUAAAGACUGCCAUGCAAAGGCUUGAAGAGAAACUUUCUGACAUGGAAACUGAAGACCAAAUUUUGCGUCAGCAAACAUUGCUUAAUUCAUCUUCUAGGAGAAUGUCUGAGCAUUUAGCAAUGUCAUCAGCUGAGCCUAAAGAAAAUGGUUAUCACGAACCACCGAGUGCUAUGCCAUCAAAAAAAUUUGGUACAUCUGAUAGUAAGCUAAGAAGAUCUCAAAUUGAAAGACAGCAUGAGAAUGUAGAUUCCCUUAUCAAAUGUGUAACACAAGAUAUAGGUUUCAGUGAAGGAAAGCCAGUUGCAGCAUUUACCAUAUACAAAUGUCUUCUUCACUGGAGAUCAUUUGAAGCAGAAAGAACUAGUGUAUUUGAUCGACUUAUACAGAUGAUUGGUUCUGCAAUAGAGGACCAGGACAAUAACGAUCAUAUGGCUUACUGGUUAUCAAAUACAUCUGCACUGCUUUUCUUACUCCAGCGGAGUUUAAAAUCCACAGGAUCUGUACCAAGAAAGCCUCCUACGCCAACAUCUUUGUUUGGGAGGAUGACCCAAGGCUUUCGCUCAUCUUCAGCCAAUCUUUCAGUUGGUCCCCUUGAUAUAGUGCGUCCAGUUGAGGCAAAGUAUCCAGCUUUGCUCUUUAAGCAGCAACUAACAGCAUAUGUGGAGAAGAUAUAUGGAAUUAUAAGAGAUAAUUUGAAGAAGGAGUUAUCACCUCUACUUUCAUCUUGUAUCCAGGCACCUAGAAUGUCAAGAGGAAACAUUUUAAAAUCAUCUGAAGGAUCGAAUGGCAAUAGUCCAUCAGCCAGCCCCUGGGGCAGCAUCAUUGACAACCUCAAUGGACUCCUUUGUACAUUGAGAGAAAAAUUUGUUCCUCCAGUUCUUGCUCAGAAGAUAUUUUCUCAGGUUUUUACGUAUAUCAAUGUGCAACUCUUUAAUAGCCUUCUUCUACGUCGAGAGUGUUGCACUUUCAGUAAUGGGGAAUAUGUGAAGUCUGGUUUGGCUGAAUUAGAACUGUGGUGUUGCCAGGCGAAAGAAGAGUAUGCGGGCUCGUCUUGGGAUGAACUCAAACAUGUUAGGCAGGCUGUUGGAUUUUUGGUUAUACAUCAGAAAUCUAGAAUUUCAUACGAUGAAAUUACGAAUGACCUAUGCCCAAUCCUAAGUAUUCAACAGCUUCAUAGAAUAUGCACGCUUUACUGGGAUGACAAUUAUAACACCAGAAGCGUGUCACCAGAUGUAAUUUCUAGCAUGAAGAUUCUAAUGACCGAUGAUUCCAACGAUGAUGAUGACAGCAGCUCCUUUUUGUUGGACGACAAUUCCAGUAUUCCAUUCUCAGUUGAUGAUAUUGCUAGUUCCCUACAAGAGAAGAAGUUUACUGAUGUAAAACCUCCGGUAGAACUAAUCGAGAAUCCAGCCUUCCAAUUUUUACAGGAUUAAGGCAGGUGAUUUUCUAAAACUCUUCUUUGUUGUGGUGCUCCAAAUAUGUUGGAAACUCUUUCAACACCAACACCAACACCGAGGCCGCGCUGUAAAUCCGCCAAGUUUUGCUCUUCCCUGAUAUUAUUUAUACCUUGUAUUCAUUGUAACUUCCAUUGCUGGAUGUAAAAUAUUCUUUUUAAUUAGAACUGUAAAGUGUUGUUAGGCUGGUUGGUUAGAUAGUUACUGGGGUGGGGGCAAGGAAUAGGUUUUGGUUUGCACACAAGUGUUUCUUUUCUUUAUAUUUUAAUUCAAGGGGUCUCCUUGGUCUUGGGUCCAGCAUUCUUUAUAGGUGUCAUGUAUGUAAUAGGGAGGGACUGAGUUUAUGAAAAAUGUAAUAUGGUGGGACAAGCUCAUCUCAAGCCUACUGCUUUCAGUCCCAGAAAAAAAAAAAAAAUUCAUGUAUAAAGCAGUAGAAAUACAUACAUAUAUAUAUAUAUAUAUAUAUUUGUUAUGUAGUAGAAUUGGCUGGUAUAUUUGGUUUAUGCAAAAUCCCUUUUGUAGAAA